GACGUGGGAACGCCCCGUGCUUGCGUACAUUGCUUCGUUUUUGUUUGAGUUUUUUUGUCAUGUCUUGCUGCCCGAGCAGUCGUUCGAGAAAAAAUAAUGACGGAACCCAUGAUCAUCGAAGCGAAGGAUCAGAGGUGAUCUUUUCUGUGCAGAAACUUUUAGAGCAAAUAGUGAAGCGUGGUGCUGAAUCGUGUCGCGAAGUAUUCGUAUUCUUUUCACAUACGAAGAAUGUCCGUCGCUAUUUUUGUAACGGUGGAAAUCCUAGAGGACCGCUUGGAUGAGUUUCGGGAAGUGAUGGACUUGGAUGUAACAGAGUCCCGGAAAGAGCCCGCUUGUUUGCGGUUUGAUUUGCUGCAGUCUGCAGACUCGCCGCUGAAAUUUCACUUCUACGAGAUCUACAAGGAUGCAGACGGGCUCGCGGCUCACAAGGAAACCCCUCACUAUAAGAAGUGGGUCGCGUUUAAAGAAUCCGGGGGAGUGGCAUCACAAACCGCACAGAAGGGAACGGGAGUUCUUCUGCAGUUGUAAGGAAGCCGUACUACUGCUCCCUCAAGUGUUACGGUUUGCAACGCAGCAGGGCAACACCAUAGAAUCGUUUAGACAUGAAAAGCACGGAAGCACGUUGGAGCAUUAGUGCUGUCAAAAAUGGAAUAAAACGCUGAUUGGACCAACUCUCGCUUUGUCGAAAUCAAAUGAUGAACGGAAAUACAGACAACGACAACAGCUGGUUCUACCACGGGAGAGCAUGAUGCGAAGCCCCUUUCUUUCAAAUGCAGUGCUGCUUGUAACUGUCGGAAACAAAAUCCAUGAAAAGUCCGAAAUACGAUCAAACACCGCGACCGCAUAUAAAAAUC